AUGGAUUAUUCAUGCGGCCUCGGUCCUCACUUGAGUGGGUCUCUCAAGCGAAGUAACAAUGUUCGACGCUCUAUUUCAUCUUCAAAAUAUAUUGGGGGCAUUGAUUGGCAUUUACGUAAUCAAUUUACAGAGCAACUAAAAUGUUUGGAUCUUAAAUUAGAUAUUGAUUGUACUGUAGUUGCUGAACUACAGGAUUUUUAUCGUCGUCGUGCCAGUGUUGAACAGGAUUAUGCUGAUGCUCUAGCCAAGCUUGCCAAUGGAUUAAAACAACGUCAUGUGAAUGAAACAUCAAAACGUCCACAUUGGGCUCCGUAUACAACAACCACUAUAUGGAAUACACUACUCGGUUCCACAUUACACUUAUCUGAAGCACAUGCAACCUUAUCUGAUAUUUUCUCGAAACAAAUGGUUCAGCGUUUAGCAGAUAUGGAUGAAGAUGCUGUUCGUUUGCAUAAACAGUGUCGUGAAAUGAUGUCUGCCUGUCAAGAUCGUGUUUUAGCCAAUACAACUAAACUUCAAGCCGAUCAACGUGAAUAUAUUAACCGACAAGCUGCAACACAAGAAGCUGAUCGAAUUCGUCGUCGUGCUGAAGAUAAACUGGUGGCUGCUAAUCAAAAAGCUCGAAGUAAAGGUAAAGAUCCGGAUAAUAGUCAAAGAUCAAUGCGAGCACAAAAUGAAUAUGAUUUGAAACAAGCAAAUUUUAUCAGUGCAUCUGUAGCAACAACUCGUGCUCGUAAUGAAUAUCUAAUUCAAUUAGCUGCUACAAAUCACAGUGUUCAACGCUAUUUCACACAAGAAGCACCGGAUAUAGUUGAUUGUCUUGUGUGCGGUUUCCAUAAUAGUCUAGCUCGAUCAGCAAUGAUGCAUUUAAGUUGUGAAGAAACACUGAAAUCAUGUCAUGGUUCAAUUGUUGAAAUGUUGAAUAGAAAUAUUACAGCACUUGAUUUACGACAGGAUAAAGCAUGCUUCUUUAAACGCAAUGAACAAGUGUAUACACGUCCUGGCCAAUUCACUUUUAUGCCAUCAAAAGAAGACAAUGAAGAUAAAAUUCGUGCAGAUGGUCCAUUGUACGAUGAACUUCAGACAACGGCUAACCAGCUUAUGAGUAGUAUUGAAACUCUUCGAGUGUCAACAGAUGAAACUUGGAAAACAUUGGAAGAGGUUGAGAAGAAGUUACUAGAAUUAAUUAACCAGAAAGACUAUGAUGUUUCACGAUUGUUUUGUAUUGAAAAACCGCGUUCAAGACGUUCACUAGGUGGUAGUGGUGGUGGUGUUGGGGCUAGUGGUAUUACAUCCAGUGUAUCAAACAAUUUAACUUCUUCAAAUCCUUUAGGAAGUAGUAUGGGCAGCAUUGGUGCUGGUUCUGUAACCUCUUCAUCAUCAUCUACUUCUCCAGGUACAGUAGAAGUACAAGUCCUGGCCUGUUGCCUAGUUCAACUACCAUGUCUAAUCAAACCGGUGGGUGCUGGUGGUGGUGGUGGUGGUUUACCAGCCCAGGAUGCUUCUAGUAAUACAUCACAAAUCAAUCAAUCAGUAUUAUCAUUUGGCGGGAAUGAUCCUACUCAAGCUGGUUUAUAUCUUAGCCUGAGAUCAUUAUUUCGUGAUGCUCGAAUUGAACAAGAAAAGUUUUAUUUGGAUAGAUUUUCAUUCUAUACUCAAGAAAUGCAUAUUUGUCAGUUGAUGCAAGUAAAACUUGCACAAAUACAAAAUGCACUGGCAUCUUCACAACCUAUUCACCAUGAAUCAACACCACAUACAUCACCUUCUCUUCAAAACCUGAAAUCUAUGCUUCGACAUGGAAUUCCUGUAUUACCAAAACUUCCAGGAUGUAAAGAUUUUGCUAAAAGUCCAAGAUCUCCAACAUCAAUAAAUUUCUAUGGAAAGACUGACAAUUCAUCGUUGUCACCUCUCCCGCCUCCACCGACUCCUCAUGGUUUUCAUCAAGAUGUGCCUAGUUCACCUGUACUUCCUUCAUCGUCUUGUGAUCUCACAUCGACGCCUGUUUCAAGUCCAUCGUUUUCUAGUCGCACUGUAAGUCCAAAUAGUCAAUCUGCACUAGUUACUAAACAUCAACCACGUCGUGUACUACGUGUUCCAAAUGUGGGCAAGCCGAAACUUUUUGGCGGUACAAUCGAUGAAUAUGUGGAAGCUACUAAACAGCCUAUCCCUUGCAUUAUACUAUCUUGUACACGUGUUAUUAAUGAAUUCGGAAUGCAUCAACAAGGUGUUUUUCGAGUUUCUGGCAGUCAAGCAGAGAUAAAUGAAUUCAAAGAUGCUUUUGAAAAUGGUGAUGAUCCUUUAAUCGGUAUUCAUGAACCAAGAGAUAUAAAUUCUACAGCUGGACUACUGAAAUUAUAUUUCCGGGAGCUAGGUGAACCACCAUUUCCCAAUACAAUCUUCUUAGAACUUAUCAAUAUAACACGUGAACGUUUAGAAAUAAAUGAAAUGAUUCAGCGUUUGCGCCAUGUUAUUACUCAAAACUUAAGUCGACCGGUGUUUGUCGUGAUGAGAUAUUUAUUCGCAUUCUUAAACCAUGUAUCUGAAUAUUCUGCAGAAAAUAUGAUGGAUGCCUACAAUUUGGCAAUAUGCUUCGGUCCAACUUUAAUGCCUGUACCCAGUGAAUACAAUCAAGUACAUUAUCAACCAAGUGUAAUUGAUUUGAUUAAAACCUUUAUUAUACAUCAUUCAGUUAUAUUUGAUCCCAUGCUACCUGGACCGGUGUAUAAUAAACAGAAGAGAAAGAAAGAUAUGCAUAAAUCUGUGACAAGUUUAGAUUCACACCGACUGUCACUUUCAUCAAGUAAUGUUGUAGAAAUUAGUUCAGAUAAGAAGAAGAACUACAACAAAGAAACUGAUGAUCAGGAUCAUGAUUUAUUAAGAUGUUCAUCGGUGAAAAAGAAUUCUCGUAUUAUGUCUAGAACACCGAUAGAGUCUGCUGUGAAACGUCAGUCAUCAACACGUGUAGAUAGUGUACAUGAGAAGGGAAUACCAUCUAAGGAAUGCAUUAAAUCAUCAAGUGUUGGCGAUCUUAUCGAUAAUGAGACAUCGUCCAAACCAGCCUCUGAGGUCAUUGAUGAAGGUGAGCCUGUUGGCGAUGAUGACUACAUAUUCACUGAAGAUACACAGUCUAUAUCCGAUAGUGAAGAUUCUGAACCAGCUUAUACAUUAGCUGUAGCUCGUGCUGAUUUCACUGGCUCUAGUGAACGUGAAUUAUCAUUUCGUCAAGGUGAUGAAAUCUAUCUCUAUCGUCAAUUAAGUCAACAUUGGUGGGAAGGACAAUUAGCAUCAGAUAGUCAGGGUACACGUGGUCUUAUUCCACAUUUAUAUGUUGUACCAAAAGCAGCUUUAUUACAUCUUGCAGCAGUAGCAGCAGCAGCGGGAACAUCAACAACUGAUAAUGCUGGAGAUAAUCCACUCUUAGAUGAAAUCAAUACAGAAAUUUCUAAACAAACUGAUAGUGGAAGUUUAAGUAACUUGGAUAAUGUUAAUGAUGAUGAUGAUGAAGGUGAUGAUGAUAAUAAUGAGGAUGUGGAUAACAAAAGUGUACCAGAUAAUGGAAGUAUGCUUAGUUGGAAUUGUGCCUCGGAAAGUUCAAAUGAUCAAAUUCUUGCUGAUACUGGUGAUAAUACUGACAAUAACAAUGUUAAUAACAGUAAAGUACAACGUUUAUCAGAGUCUGAGAGUGCAGUUGCUAUUACCAACCAAUCAAAUCAACAAGAGACAACAGAUAUGUCGAAAACUAACAGUGAAAAAACUUCAGAGAAAGAUGAAUUGAAAUCAGAUAACUGUAAUGAUAAUAAUCAGAUCGCUGUCUCACAGACUACAGAGUCGUCUGUUGACAAAAAAUGUCCACCAGAAGUUGCUGGUUAUACAGAUAAACUUUUAAUGCAUCGAUUCAAUCAACGUUCUGCUCUUAGUUAUCCAGCUUCUGGACCUCUGGGUUCUGUUCCUGAAAAUGAUGUUAUAUCAGCUGCUAAUGAAUUAUUGAUAAAUCAAUCAUCAUCUCCUACGUAUAGCUCAAAUGGAGUAGUUGGUGGUGGUCGGCCUUCUCAUUCAGUUGUUGUUGAAGGCAGUUCUACACGAUUUCUAUUCAAUUCCGAUGUUGAUACAGCCUUAGAAGAAGUAAUGCGUGGUCUAGCCUCGUUGGAGCAAGCGGACAGUCGUAAUAGUGAUUCGAGAACUUUGGAACGCAAUCAAGAACUUACUCGUAAACUUUGUCUACCUAGUGCAAAACAUGCUCCAGACUUGGUAAUGGAUCUUCCUGUAACAUCAGACUCUCAAGCACAAAACAAUGCAUCAACAACUGGCGGUGGUUUUACGCACAUAGAAUCAGGUGACAGUUUUGCUGAACAUUUCGCUGAACAAAAUUUGGAUACAAUACGGAAGCGUUCUGAUGUUCAUGCAUUACCAUCUUCGCUGAACUCCACUCGUUUUCCCGCUGGUAGCACUAGUACUACAAGUUGUAGAGAAUUAGGUAAAGUUGUUCUACGCAGUAAAACUAGUCAUACAACAACAGCAACAGAAAUCUCCAGAACUUCACCAGGAUUAUCAAAAGGCAGUCCUAGUGAAGAAGAGAAGAGUGAUUCACCACAGGCGAGUAAUAAUAAUGAGCUAACCAGUGGACCAAGACUUUCAAUAGCUGCUCGUGUUGCAGCUUUUGAAGGGAAUAAACCUGAUUCACCUCGUUCUUCCAUAACUUUCGCUCCGAAAAUAGCUCCUAAACCGAAAAGAGGUUAACACUGUUUUCUUUUAUCUUUAUCCAAUUUCAUUUCAAGUCUUUAGC